CUGGCAGACAGGGCACCCGGGCCGGCUCUCCUGGCCGUGGUUCCGCCGCUGGGCCUGGGAAGAUGGUGCUGGGAGGCUGCCCGGUGAGUUACUUACUGCUGUGCGGCCAGGCCGCUUUGCUGCUGGGGAACCUCCUGCUGCUGCAUUGCGUCUCUCGGAGCCACUCGCACAAUGCCACCGCCGAGUCGGAAGUCGCGGCCGCCGCUGUCGCCCACCCGGAGAGCCCCGGCGGGGCGGCGAGCUGGGAGUAUGGCGACCCUCAGUCUCCGGUCAUCCUUUGCUCCUACCUGCCCGAGGAGUUUAUAGAAUGUGACGACCCAGUGGAUCAUUCGGGAAAUGUAACCGCAUCCCAGGAGCUCGGUUAUGGCUGUCUCAAGUUCGGCGGUCAGGCCUACAGUGACGUGGAACAUACUGCAGUCCAGUGCCGAGCCCUCGAUGGAAUUGAGUGUGCCAGUCCCAGAACCUUCUUACGGGAAAAUAAACCUUGUAUAAAGUACACGGGACACUACUUCAUCACCACGCUGUUGUACUCCUUCUUCCUGGGCUGUUUCGGAGUGGACCGUUUCUGUCUGGGGCACACCGGCACAGCGGUGGGGAAGCUGUUGACGCUGGGAGGACUUGGCAUCUGGUGGUUUGUUGACCUCAUUUUGCUUAUCACGGGAGGACUGAUGCCAAGUGAUGGCAGCAACUGGUGCACCGUCUACUGAGAGGAGCCACUGGGAGAGCCCAGGGGACCAGGGAACGCUGUCGUCCGAAGUCACCUCUGCAGGCUCACGGCUGCACGGGAGGAGACAGGAUUGGUGGAGAAGGCUUCUUUCGACUUGGGAUUUUCAGCCCAGAUCUUAACUGUGGAGCUCAGAAGUGAUCAACAGUGUUGUGGCAAUCUAAUCUGAGCCUCUCUCCCCGUGUACCAAAUAUAAAGGAUAGUGACCAAACCAUGAGCUGCAAAAAGGCUUCCAUCGUGUUUGGCCCAGCGCAUGGCCCCGUCUUCAGCCGCCGUCGGGAGCAAAUGGAGCCGCCAGCACAAGCACCGUGAGUGGCGUGCUCCACUUGCCUUUUGCAACCCUGAGAUUUGGAGUGUAGCCAGUGAACAUCUUCAGCAGCAGAAGAAAUGGCUGUGGAUGUUCAUACAUGCCAAAGUUGUUAAAUUAUGUGGAAAAGAAAUAAACGUGGCCAACCUGGG